AUGUCUGGUCAGCCACAGCUGGUUCUUGACGUGAUCCGGAAGUCCUAUGAACGCAACAGUGAGUGCAGCGUUAUACAAUUGUUGCAGGCACUGGGGCAUGUGAGUGGGGGUCACAUCAAUCCAGCCGUGACGUGUGGGCUCGUUUUCUCGGGGCACAUCAGCAUCCUCAAGGCUGUCUUCUACAUCGCGGUGCAGUGCAUCGGCGCAGUUGCUGGAGCUGCUGUGCUGCAGGCCCUGACUCCGAAGGACGUGGUGAACUCGCUAGGCAUGACAACCAUCAACGAACUGGUGACACCGCUGCAGGGCUUCUUCCUGGAGGCGUUGAUCACGUUCGUCCUGGUGCUGACUGUGGAGGCCGUGUGUGACGACAGGCGAACCGACUUGAAGGGCUCAGCCCCCCUGGCCAUCGGCUUGUCCAUCGCCACCUGUCACCUGGGAGCGAUAAAAUAUACGGGAGCUAGCAUGAACCCAGCCCGGACAUUUGGGCCCGCUGUUAUGACAGGACUGUGGGAGAACCAGUGGGUGUACUGGGCGGGCCCCAUCCUGGGUGGCGUGGUGGCUGGCGCAGUGUACAGGUUCCUCUUCCAGGCCAGGAAAGGGGAAGAUGAGACCAGCUCAUGAUUGUCGGUGGAGGCUGGGUUUAGAUCAGAGCCAGGUGAAUCUGAUAGGACGCAUGUGGUUUUUUAUACAGUCGCUGUUCUAACACAGCUUCAACAAGGAACUUGCCAGCCACAGGAGAACUCGUUUCUUCACGAAAAUAUUUAAGACGAUUAGUCUACGUACUUAGCACAAGUAAAUCCUGGUCCAUUCACGCACAGGAAAUCAGAUACGUAAUAUCCGUUCGUCAAUUUCACCUCUCGCACGCAAUAAAACAGUUUCGUCUGUAGUUACAUCGCAUUUGCAGUGGCGUGUUUUUACGGCAAAUGAAAUGUUAUAACUCCUAAUGGAAAAACAUGUCUUGCUGUAUCUUGUUAGUGUGGUUUCUAAACUGUCGUAGUGUACGCUUUGCACUGCGGUUUGGGGCAUCUCUGUCAGUAUUUAAUAUUUACUGUCGACUGCGGACUGUGUAUGUGUUAUAGAGUUGUCAGUUCACUUACACGUGCGAUGAACCCUGAUGACGGAGGCAGUAUGACCUCUGAAACGUUGGUUAACAUCUACCAGACUACACAUCGCAACAACCCAGAAGACAGAAAUCUUCAGGAAAUAAUUCCCUUCGUGUCUUCAUCGUCCUUUCUUCCAUUCCUUUAUACCCUUUGUAUCCCUCCUCUCAUAUUCCUUUUCCAUCUCUUUAAACUUAGAUCAAAAAUGAAAUGUUUUUGAACCCUAUAUUGAAAAAACUGUUAAAGCUCUCUAAUGGUAACAACACUUAUGAAAUGGAACAUUUUUCAUUUAACGUCAUCAGUAAAAACGUCCUUGCCUAUGUGAGCGUGUUCAAAUAUGUUGCCUUAAUUUAGCGUUUUUCACAAGGUCAGCGCCCAUUUAAUAUUAUGUGUCCUCUAUUAAUUCAACCAAACGCACAUAAAACAUCAAACUGGGUUUAAAAUAACACGGAUAAAUAAAGUAAGCCCACGACCGAAAUUUAAUUCUUAAAGGACAUUGCAGUUCCCUAUUAAACCCUCUUGUUUCACAGUUAAUUUCGUGUAAGGUGGCGGAGAACAUUCUCCUCGUCAGACUCAUGGGAAUUUGCCGAGUGCUGAGAAACUAUAAGCUUUUACCAAGUCCGUUCAAACACAGUAAUGUGAUAAUCAAUACUAGAAUAUAAUUCCAGGCUUCCACUAAGUACAGAUUUCCUUUGUGAUACAAAAAGAGACAAUUUCCGAAAGUUAACUUAUCAAAACGAAAGGUUUCAAUAGCCACCAGUGUUCAUGUCCAGGCUAAUGUGUAAUAAUAAUUCGAUUUAAGUCGUAAAUAACAGUAACCUAAACAUUGAAGUUCCUGUCUCUGUUCAAGCACGUGAAUGAAGUUCUUAAAAUGACACUGUUCACAGUUUAUAAUGUAAAAUACUGUUUAAUUGUAAUAAAUUUGUCGCUUUUAAGAUGCAA